AUGUCAUCGGAUUCUUUGGCAUUAUUUCGAAAAGGUCUAGGCCCAGACCUCAACGCCCUCGCAGACAAACACAUACAACAUGAUCUCCAACAAUCCGACCGAGACGCCCUCCGCAAAGCCGCCAACACCGUAAAAAUGCACACAACAAUCGGCUCCAUCGUAGGCCUCUCCCUCGGUGUCUUACUAGCCUUCAGAAUCCGCAGCAGCCGACAAAGUCUCUACCGCGCAUUCCGAACCGCCGAGAAGCCCCAAGCCGUCCGCUUCGCCGACGGACGAGAAGAGGCGCUCCCAGAUCUUUCCGGGGUCGUGAAACCCAGUCGGAUAGGAGAUUUGGCGACAUAUACGCUUUUGGGAGCAGGCGGGAUUUUUUUCGGUGGGGAGACGGGACUUGUGACGGGUUCUUUUCGCGCGAGGAGUAUGAUUACGCAGGAUCGGGAGAGCUCGACGAGGAUUCAGAAUGCGUUUAAGAGGUUUCAGGCGGAUGCUUUGAGGGAGCAGGCGAAUGUUUUGGAACAGAGUAUACAGUGA